AUGGUACCUCACAACAUAUCGCCUAGCGAAAUUCGCUCCGGCCAACUCAGCGCUGUGCUGGAGGGAUUGCGGGCAGACCGGUACCCUUCUCCAUAUUCUAUGGAGAUAACUCCAGGGCAACUUACUGGAUCCUUGUGUUCAUCGGUGGGGGGGUUCGCCAUCGGUAGGACGGGGGACUGGGGUAAAAAAGGCGGCUGCGUCUGCGGCGAUCACUCUCUCUUCUCUGGUCGGGAUGAAGGGAAGACAGCCAAACGGAUUCUUCUCCUCCGUGGCCGCUGCAGCUACAGAGCGGCCGCGGAGGAGAAGAAUCAGUUUGCCCGUCUUCCCUUCACCCCGGCCAUGAAGAGAGAGCGAUCACCGCAGAAGCAGUGGCAGUUUCACCCCCGUCCUGCCGGUGGCGAACAACGAGCUGAUGAAUUUCCACUCGCCCCUCACAAUUGUGCUCCAGUUUCUGAGUUGGGAAUAUUAGAUUCACAAAUUGAAGUGAUACCAUGCAAAAUUUGUGGAGAUAAAUCUUCAGGAAUUCACUACGGUGUCAUCACUUGUGAAGGCUGCAAGGGAUUCUUCAGAAGAAGUCAACAAAACAAUGCCUCUUAUUCGUGCCCAAGGCAGAGAAACUGUUUAAUUGACAGAACAAAUAGAAACCGCUGCCAACACUGUAGACUGCAAAAGUGUCUUGCCCUGGGAAUGUCUAGAGAUGCUGUCAAAUUUGGACGAAUGUCAAAAAAACAGCGAGACAGUCUGUAUGCUGAAGUUCAGAAGCACCAGCAGCGGUUACAAGAACAAAGGCAACAGCAGAGUGGAGAGGCAGAGGCUUUAGCCAGAGUAUACAGCAGUAACAUCAGCAAUGGUCUAAGCAAUCUCAACACUGAAACAGGAGGCACUUACUCGAAUGGACAUGUCAUUGACCUGCCAAAGUCUGAGGGUUAUUACAGUGUGGAUUCUGCACAGCCCUCACCAGACCAGUCAGGCAUAGACUUAAGUGGAAUGAAACAAAUAAAGCAAGAACCUAUUUAUGACCUUACGUCCGUACCAAACUUAUUUAUGUAUAGUUCUUUCAACAAUGGACAGCUCUCACCUGGAAUAAGCAUAAGUGAUAUUGAUCGAGUUGCCCAAAAUAUCAUAAAAUCCCACUUGGAGACGUGUCAAUAUACAGUUGAUGAAUUACAUCACUUAGCUUGGCAGACCCAUAGUUAUGAAGAGAUCAAAGUAUACCAGAGCAAGUCCAGAGAAGCUUUGUGGCAGCAGUGUGCCAUUCAGAUCACUCAUGCCAUACAGUAUGUGGUGGAGUUUGCAAAGCGAAUAACAGGCUUUAUGGAGCUGUGCCAGAAUGAUCAAAUAUUGUUACUUAAGUCAGGCUGCCUAGAAGUUGUUCUAGUAAGAAUGUGUCGUGCCUUCAAUCCAUUAAACAACACUGUUCUAUUUGAAGGAAAAUAUGGAGGGAUGCAGAUGUUCAAAUCAUUAGGUUCCGAUGAUUUAGUGAAUGAAGCAUUCGACUUUGCAAAAAGUUUAUGUUCCCUCCAGCUAACAGAGGAGGAAAUUGCCUUGUUUUCUGCAGCCGUAUUAAUAUCACCAGAUCGACCAUGGCUGAUAGAACCAAGGAAAGUUCAAAAACUUCAAGAAAGAAUUUAUUUUGCACUUCAGCAUAUAAUUCAGAAGAAUCACCUAGAUGACGAGACACUGGCAAAGUUAAUAGCCAAGAUACCAAACAUAACUGCACUUUGCAACUUACACGGAGAGAAGCUGCAGGUAUUUAAGCAAUCUCAUCCUGAGAUAGUGAAUACAUUGUUCCCUCCUUUGUACAAGGAGCUUUUUAACCCUGACUCAAGCACUGGCUGCAAGUGA